AUGCAUCGCUUUGGACCCGUCUGGGUAGCUGCACCUUCAUGGUCAUCGUCGACUGCUGUUCCACCUUCGAGCACUCCCCGCCAUCCCCCCGCAUCGCGCGCGGGUCCCCCCACAUGCUCCGAGCCCGGAACCACGCCGCGGCGAGCGCUACGGCUCGCAAGCAGCCCCGCACAGCUGCCACCGCCGACCCGAACGGCGACGAACCGCUCUCCUGAGUCACUGCAGCAACACCGCGUCCUGCCUCCUAUCCUCGACUACCACUAUCCUAUCGCCCUGUCGAUCAGUCAUGGUCGUGUUCGCGCGACAACCCACUUGCCCGGCGAGACCGCGCGACUGCUACGUGCCUUCCAUUCGUCGACACGACGGUACACGACCCCGAUCGACGGUUUGUCCCAUACCCGCGGCCCAACCGAUCGACCUUUACUCGAUGUCACCUUACCGCAAUUCUGGUCCCAGCUCGUAAAAGACUAUGCGCAAUCACCGGCCCUCGUCGUACGCCAUGAGAGAGCCGACAUCCACUCCCCGUCCUCGGCCCCAGGUGGGGUCACCGCCGACGAGGACUGCAUCCGUUGGACAUUUGACGAGAUGGAUCGUAAUAUCGACGCGCUUGCUCGAGGCUUGCGCAAUCAUGGCGUACAAAAGGGCGAUCGUAUUGGUGUCUUCUUGGGCAACAAUUCAUGUUAUGCCCUUCUACAAUGGGCCACAGCCAAGGUCAGUACUGUGCCAUCCAUGCGGCGGGAUGGGGUCUUUUUCUCCGGAGUGGGGAAAUGAAGAUUCUGAUCUCCCGAUCGAUUCCAGAUUGGCGCCGUGCUCGUAUGCAUCAACCCUUCCGCACCGGCUCCUGAACUACUGGUGACCCUCAACCUGUCAGGAGUCUCGACAUUAUUCAUCUCGCCGACGAUUCGGAGGAACAGUCAUCUCCCUAUGCUUCGGCAAUUAUUCCCUGCCCUCGCGUCGACCCCGGCCGAUCAGGAUUUGCAUGAUGAGGUGUGCCCCACUUUGAAACAGAUCGUCAUCGUCGACAACACAAAGCUAGGCGCGGUGGAAUUUGGCAAGAUGUUAGAAGAAGAAGGGUUCACGGGACGCGAUGCAAGACAUUGGUUCGAUUGGAGCUCUGCGGGAACUACACUCGAAGUGGAAGGUCAGAGCGUUGAGGACGUCGUCAACCAUCAGUUCACCUCGGGGACGACUGGGAAUCCCAAAGCCGUGGCGCUGACGCAUAACAACAUUCUCAACAACGGACUUCUCAUCGGGGACUGUAUGCACCUUCGACCACCCGAUCUCAAGGAAGGGUGGCAAGGCGAAAGAUUGAUCAAUGCGCCACCGUGAGUGGAAUAAGCAGCUCGAUUUGGAAAAAAGCAUCAACAGCUGACUAGUGUUCACCAAUGCAGCUUCUUCCAUUGCUUUGGUCUCGUUCUCGGCAAUUUGGCGUUCUGGACCCACGGUGGAUGCAUCAUCGUCGCCUCCGAAUCGUUCGAUGCGACCCAAGUUCUUCGCGCAGCCUACCUCGAGAAAGCCACUGCGAUCCACGGAGUACCUACAAUGUUCAUUGUCGAACUGGGUCUACUGGAGAAACUGGAGAAAGGGGAGGACGUGCCCGGGUUGAGCGAUCUCGUCCCACCUGGGGGAGGACGACUUGAAUUUCCGAGCUUAAGAACAGGCAUUGCGGCGGGUAGUCCGGUGCCCGAUGAGGUGAUGCGCAAGUUGGUCAAGCGGAUGAACCUCAAGGAUUUGACGAUUACGUAUGGUCAGACUGAGACUUCGGUGAGUCGUAUUCUGGAUUGAGAAUAAUUGUAUUUGUGCGGUAGGAGCUGAUCCCUCGAUAUUGCAUGGUACACCUGAUCAGCCUGCAUCCUUCAUGUCCACGAUCCACGAUCCCCUCGAGCUGAGAUGCACUACCGUCGGACGCAUCUUACCCCACACCCAUGCCCGGAUCGUCGAUCCGAACCAUCCUCUCUACCCCUCGCCCGAAACACCUUCCCUCCCCGUCAACUCCCCCGGAGAGCUCUUCUCGGGCGGCUACCUCGUCAUGCAUUCGUACCACGAGAACCCGGCUGAGACGGAAAAAUCGGUGUUUUACGAUAAAGAUGGGGUCAAAUGGUUACGUACGGGUGAUUUGGCGUCCAUGGAUGAGGAAGGGUACGUCAAGAUCCGAGGGAGGAUCAAGGAUAUCAUUUUGAGGGGCGGGGAAAAUUUGUUCCCCGUGGUGAUUGAAGCGAGGACGAUGUUGUUGGAGGGGAUUGAGGAUGUCUAGUCAGUCCUCGGUGCUUUGGUGGUGUGCACCUGCGUAUCGAUCGGACUGACCCUUCACUCUUCACUCUUGCGCAGCGCCAUCGCCGUUCCCGAUCCCAUCAUGGGCGAGGUCGUCGGGUUAUUCAUUGAACGAGCCAAAACAAAAGCUGGGCGGAACGUGACGAGCCAGAUGGUGCGCGACCACGUCAAGAAGCUGCUGCGGAUCCCAAUCGAUUGGGUCUGGUACCUCGGCGAAGAUGGGGUCGGAACCGAAUGGCCUAAGACCGCGAGCGGCAAAAUUGUGAGUUCAUUGCAGUCGAACUGGAUACGAAGCGGAGUCAUCAUGUGUUACUGAAAGAAUAACGAGCUACGUUCUACAGAGGAAAGUCGAACUUCGUGACUGGGCCACGCCGUUGGUCGAACGCGAACUCGGUAAACUAAAGUCGUCUUGA